AUGUUCAUCGAGAGCUUCAAAGUUGAGAGUCCGAACGUGAAGUACACAGAGAAUGAGAUUCAUUCAGUGUACGAUUACGAGACGACGGAGGUUGUUCAUGAGAACAUCGACGGUGCUUACCAAUGGAUUGUCAAGCCAAAGACCGUCAAAUACGAUUUCAAAACAGAUACUCGUGUCCCCAAAUUAGGGGUCAUGCUUGUGGGUUGGGGAGGAAACAAUGGAUCAACUCUCACCGCCGGUGUGAUUGCGAACAAAGAAGGAAUCUCGUGGGCAACGAAGGACAAGGUGCAACAAGCGAAUUACUUCGGGUCAUUAACUCAAGCAUCAUCGAUUCGGGUCGGAUCCUACAACGGUGAAGAGAUCUACGCUCCUUUCAAGAGUCUUGUUCCAAUGGUGAGUCCGGAUGAUGUUGUGUUUGGAGGAUGGGACAUAAGUGAUAUGAAUUUAGCAGACGCCAUGGGAAGAGCCAGGGUUCUUGAUAUUGAUUUGCAGAAACAGCUCAGGCCUCACAUGGAGAACAUUGUGCCACUCCCUGGGAUCUUUGAUCCUGAUUUCGUCGCUGCCAAUCAAGGGUCACGUGCUAACAACGUCAUCAAAGGUACCAAGAAGGAACAAGUCGACCACAUCAUCAAGGACAUGAGGGAGUUUAAGGAGAAGAAUAAGGUGGAUAAGGUUGUGGUUCUGUGGACGGCUAACACAGAGCGUUACAGCAAUGUGGUGGUGGGGCUAAACGACACAAUGGAGAAUCUCAUGACAUCUGUGGAUAGGGAUGAGUCAGAGAUCUCUCCUUCAACGCUUUAUGCUAUUGCAUGUGUUCUUGAAGGCAUCCCCUUCAUCAAUGGAAGCCCUCAAAACACUUUUGUUCCAGGUCUUAUUGAUUUGGCGAUCAAGAACAAUGUUUUGAUCGGUGGAGAUGAUUUCAAGAGUGGUCAAACCAAGAUGAAAUCUGUCUUGGUUGAUUUCCUUGUUGGUGCAGGAAUCAAGCCUACUUCAAUUGUGAGCUACAACCACUUGGGGAACAACGAUGGCAUGAAUCUUUCAGCUCCACAGACAUUCCGUUCUAAGGAGAUCUCUAAAAGCAAUGUCGUGGACGAUAUGGUUGCUAGCAACGGUAUCCUCUUCGAGCCUGGGGAACACCCUGACCAUGUUGUUGUCAUCAAGUAUGUGCCGUAUGUUGCGGAUAGCAAGCGAGCAAUGGACGAGUAUACAUCAGAGAUAUUCAUGGGAGGGAAGAACACAAUUGUGAUGCACAAUACCUGUGAAGACUCUCUCUUAGCUGCUCCGAUCAUCUUGGAUCUUGUUCUCCUCGCGGAACUCAGCACCAGGAUCCAGUUCAAAUCCGAGGCAGAGGGGAAGUUUCAUUCUUUCCAUCCUGUGGCCACCAUACUCAGCUACCUCACAAAGGCACCGCUUGUGCCGCCGGGAACGCCGGUGGUUAAUGCGCUGUCGAAGCAGCGGGCGAUGCUGGAGAACAUUCUUAGGGCUUGUGUUGGGCUUGCGCCGGAAAACAACAUGAUCAUGGAAUACAAGUGA